CUUGCCUGGAGCUCCAGGGCGACCUGACAGCACUGUUGAAGGAACUAACGAAGUCCACUGCGCUGCUGCACCUCAGCGUCAAGCCUUCCGCCUUCCGCUCUCCAUCUUCCACGGCAGUUUGUUGAAGGAAUACAAACCAAACCAAAACAACAUCACCACGACGACGCAAAAGACAAGCACUAGGUUGGCGCUUGCGAACGACAGACCAAGAACUAGACAAUUUCCAACAAGUCAUCGUCAUAUCGAAUUAAACCAUGGCGAGAAGAUACGAUUCCCGAACAACCAUCUUCUCCCCCGAAGGUCGUCUGUACCAGGUCGAAUAUGCUCUUGAAGCCAUUUCCCAUGCCGGUACCGCCAUCGGUAUCCUCGCCAAGGAUGGCAUCGUCCUAGCUGCUGAGCGCAAGGUCACCUCCAAGCUCCUCGAGCAAGACACAUCGGCCGAGAAGCUCUACAUUCUCAACGACAACAUGAUCUGCGCCGUCGCCGGCAUGACAGCCGAUGCCAACAUCCUCAUCAACUACGCCCGACAAGCCGCCCAACGCUAUCUUUUGACCUAUAACGAGGACAUCCCCUGCGAGCAGCUAGUGCGCCGUCUCUGCGAUCUCAAGCAAGGCUACACACAACACGGUGGUCUCCGUCCCUUUGGUGUUUCCUUCAUCUACGCCGGCUGGGAUCCCCAGCGCCAGUUCCAGCUCUACCUCAGCAACCCCUCGGGUAAUUACGGCGGCUGGAAGGCGACCAGUGCGGGCGCCAACAAUGCGAGCGCCCAGAGCUUGCUGAAGCAGGAUUACAAGGAGGACUGCACGCUCAAGGAGGCGUGCGCCAUGGCCGUCAAGGUGUUGAGCAAGACCAUGGACUCGACCAAGCUGAGCCCGGAGAAGAUCGAGUUUGCGACGGUUGGCCAGACCAAGGACGGUAAGAUCUACCACAGGCUAUGGAGCGCGGACGAGAUCACGGCACUAUUGAAGGAACACGACUUGGCGAAGGACGACAACACGGAAGACAAGUAAGAUGGAUGAAUGUCACGCAUAGUUCUGGAUGUGGAACAGAGCGGAAAGCCGGCCUGCGUUUAGUCUAGAGAGCGCUUUCUGUACUAAUACAAGGAAUGACCAUGGUACGCCAAAUGAUGAAAUGGAUAUACAAACAUGGGUCUCCAACUCCCAGCUAUAUGCUCUUUGACGUUCCCCGUGCUCGAAAGUUGCCAUAUCUGAAGAAGGCG